GGCGCGGUAAGCUGGCUUGGUGGUGUGUGGGUGACGUGGGUGCGUUUCUCUUUUUAACGCUUUCAUGAAAAGGUGACAAAUACUGGUUUGAUCAUGGAGCUACAACCCAUUCACUAUGAACCAGGAAGCUUUAUUGAAACCACGACCGGUAACAAAGUGAGCCGUCAGUCGGUCCUCUGUGGAUCACAAAACACCAUUCUAACCGGCAAGAACAUCGUCGACGCUGGCGCCAUCAUACGCGGCGACUUGGCCAGCAUUAGAACUGGAAGAUACUGUAUCGUGGGGCGGAAAGCGGUGCUGCGACCCCCGUUCAAGAAGUUCAGCAAGGGCGUGGCGUUCUUCCCCACUCACAUCGGUGACCACGUGUUCAUAGGGGAAGGUUCAGUGGUGAAUGCCGCCUCCGUGGGCAGCUACGUCUACAUCGGCAACAACUGCGUCAUUGGCCGUCGCUGCAUCCUCAAGGACUGCUGCUACAUUGCCGACAACACGGUGCUAGCGCCGGAGACGGUGGUGCCCUGCUUCGCGCGCCUCGAAGGAUCCCCAGGCCGCUUUGUCGGUGAGCUUCCUGAGUGCACUCAGGAUCUGAUGGUCGAGUUUACGCGAAAUUAUCACAAAAAUUUUGUGGCGAAAAAGUGAUGAAAAUUGACGAGAGUUGAUGGUGAUAUCAGACCUGAAAAGACUGGAGUUUGGGUGGAAAGUGGAUACUAUAUCUUGCAGUUCAUAACUCUUGCUUUAUAAGACUGUGAAACGGUGAAGUCAUGAUGUGAUGUGUUUGGAAGUGGGAUGUGGGUAAGCGGUCUCUGUCCUUAUGUUGUGCGUUUGUAUUUAUUUUGUUGUGGCAUCGGAUAUCAGUGAUCUUUGGUCGAGAUGCGAACUUCGCCGUGAACGAUCGCUCCGAAUUCGGCCAUAGGAAUUACGUGGCCUGCAACCGAACGUCUUCGCUCAUAUAUCGAUGAAUGGUACGUACACUCGUAUCUUUCAAAAAGCCCGUAGAAUGUAUCAUUUCUGAUGCACGUUGCGUUUUUUCAUUCUUCUUCUGGAAAGUUUUUCUAUGAAAAUUGGUCGUAAACCACAUGUACCAUUUCGUUUUGGUAGCGUGUGCCGUUUGAAAAUGGGUCGAUCGUAAAUAGUUAGGGGUGAUCUUUAUAGAUCGUGGAAUUGUGGAUGAUAUCAGCGUGAUCUAUUACUUUCCAAUGUGGUUGUUGCUUACAUGGGCUUUAGUGUCUGUAGGAACAUGCAGCGGUAUAACGGUACAUAUAUUAUAAUGGCCCUCUCAAGUCUCACUUUGUUCGAAUCCAAUUGAAAUUGAUGUGCAACUCUGCACUUUGAGCGUGUAAAAUGGCGUUUCCUUGCAAGGACACACGCAAAGGAUUUGAGUCGAUCUGGUAGUUUUCUUACAUAAGUAACCACGGAUUCUCCAGCUGGUAGUUGCUUAUAUAAGUAGCAUUGGUGCGACAAUGCUUACAAUGUCAUUGAACGGCAUGAGUCCGCUAUUCGCGAAAAACAACACCAUGCACCUCGUAUUUUUGCACUUAAUUACAGUCUUACGAAGCAUGUUUUGUUCAAUCACAUAUCCACUCGCGAGUCGCGACAAAUCGCUUUAGUGAUGUUUAUGGAUACUAACGCGUCAGGAAAAUACAUGUUUCGUCAUCCAA